UUCGUUUCCCGCGGAAGGAGCGUCUGUCUGGAGUCAUAAUAAUGGCUUGGUCUCUGUUUUUGGCGCGUUUUGAUUCCCGCCACGUCUGUCUGGGCCGGCCGGUUAAGAGGCUGUCUGUAUUUUCAUUUUGUGAUUGACGUGAGUUUGGAACUCGAUGCUUCAACCCCAUUGGCGGAGGGGAGCGAAAGAGGCGGAGAUAGCGUUGACGUCACCUUUGCUUUUCUACGAGUCAUAUAAGAAUCCUGCCCCCCUCAGAUCUCCUUUCAGGAGCCAGCGUCUGGCCAAAGCCUCAACUCUCUUAAUUUAAAUCUGUGUAUAUAAAUUAUUUUUAUUCGUUUGUUUACAAAUAUUACGAUCGUAUUUUGUUUUUUGGAGCUCAGCGCUGCGGGAUUUGGUUUUGUUUCCCCCCCGGAGCUCAGGCGGAUUGUCUUCCCGCUCUGGAUGAAAGGAUUCCUGCCGCAUUUUUGUCGCUGCAACGUGGACUUCCAGCCCUCCAGCUCACGGGAGAGUCGCAGCCCGCCUCUGGAUUAAAUUAAAAACAAAACAUCACCUCCAGCCGCUCCGUGGUGGAUUAUUACCUCCUCCCAGAAAUGCUGCUGUCCAAGCUGAAUUCUCUGGCCGCAGACAUGCCGGCGAAGAUCCAGCUCCAGGUUCAUCAAGUGAAGGAGAAGGAACCGUUCGAGAAGCUGUACCAGGUCGGCGCGGUAUUGGGCAGCGGCGGCUUCGGGACCGUCUACGCCGGCACGCGGAUUUCAGACGGAGUUCCGGUCGCUGUGAAGCACGUAGCCAAGGACAGGAUCUCCGAGUGGGGAGAGCUGCCGAGCGGCGCGCGGGUUCCGAUGGAGAUAGUCCUGCUGAAGAAGGUCGGCACGGGCUUCCGCGGCGUCAUCAAAAUGCUGGACUGGUUCGAGCGGCCCGACAGCUUCAUCAUCGUCAUGGAGAGACCCGAGAACGUCAAGGACCUGUUCGACUUCAUCACCGAGAGGGGGGCCUUACCGGAGGAGCUGGCGCGGAGCUUCUUCCGCCAGGUGCUGGAGGCCGUGCGCCACUGCCACAGCUGCGGCGUGGUGCACCGGGACAUCAAGGACGAGAACAUCCUCAUCGACCUCCGCACCGGGGAGAUGAAGCUCAUCGACUUCGGCUCCGGAGCUCUGCUGAAAGACUCCAUCUAUACGGACUUUGAUGGAACGCGAGUGUACAGUCCGCCUGAGUGGAUCAAGUAUCACCGCUAUCAGGGGCGCUCCGCCACGAUGUGGUCUCUGGGCAUCCUGCUGUAUGACAUGGUGUGUGGGGACAUCCCAUUUGAGCACGAUGAGGAGAUUGUCCGGGGCCAGGUUCUGUUUCGGAGGAGAGUCUCUGCAGAAUGCCAGCACCUCAUCAAAUGGUGCCUGAGCCUGCGGCCGACUGACCGGCCGUCCUUCGAGGAUGUCAUCAACCACUCGUGGAUGCAGAGUACCGCCUCUUCAGUGGCGUCCACGCCGCAGAUGGAGAAGACGACCACGGAGAUCAGGCUGCACAGCAUCAGCCACGAGUCCAGCUCCUUCACGCCAGCGCCGGUAGGCGUGGCUCGGUGAUGCCGUUGUCUUCAGACUGUUUUGGACUGAAUCGACACUGUCAGAAGGACAUAUAGCAGAGAGGGCGACCCUGCCCUGCCAGGGCGCGCCUCAGCCUGGCGGGCUGCUCCACGCCGUCGGGUCGAGCUGUGGUUGUCCUGCUCAACAGCUCCGGGGCAGUAAGGCCCCCUCCGACUGCAGCGCCCUGCACUCUUCCUCCUGAUUCCUAAACACAGGAGAUGCAAGAAUACAGGCGUGGUUACAGAGGAGCUGCUCGUUUUAGAGAAAGUGCCUUCUUAGAGAUUGUUUUUUUGUUGCUGGGGAGGGGGGGCCUGAUGAUACUUGAACCUAAGAAAUCAAAAAGGCAGAGGAACCUUUUUGCUCCUUUACUUACAAGGCUUUAUAUUUGUUGUUGUCUGUUUGAUUUUCCUCUCACGGGCCUAGAUCAGUGAAGCCUGUGCCAGUUUUACAACCACUACUAUCACCACCGCCACUACUACUACUACUACCCCCGUCGCCAUUAGCAACCGCACGACCUCGUGGUAGCAAACAAGUCAUCCACACCAGAAAACACUGGACUUACCUCAAUCCCGCGUCCACACCCCGCCUCCACCCGCCGUGCUUCCUCCGUUCCUCGCCGGCAUCCGCCCAAACGCACCGAACAAUGCAAACGUCAGCAUACCGACGCGCCUCUGCUCCUCCUUCCAUCCUCUGCUUCAACUCUAGUGGGAAGAGAAAUUGUAAAUAAGAAAGAUAUUUAUUAUCAAUGCUGUGACUCAUCUUCCAUCUUUGAGGAGUUUUUCUUUUUGUUUUUGGUUGUUUUUUUUUUAAGGGCGGAGUCGCAGCGUCUAUUUAUUUAUUUAUGAAAGCAUUUUUGGCUGUGCCACCCACAGCCAGUGAAGGGCCCACGAUUUAUUUAAGAAGAAAUGCAAGUUUGAAUUUCAUAUUUAUGGAUGGAAAUUUCAAGAGAGCAGUUGGUGAAUGCUGUGUAAAUAAAGUGUAAGUAGUUCAGAAAAGCACUUCCAUGUUAAUGUACAUAAACAUCUACUGAUGGUGGCUGGUGUUUACGCCGUUGUGUGAAUGUUGUUGUUUUUCACUCACUCAAAUUAGAUUGUAAAUUAUGUUAGAAACUUAUUUUUAUACGAUUCCAAUAAAUAUUUUUCUUUAACGAUGA